AUGCAGCGAAGCAGGAGUUCCAAGACCCCAAAGCAGCCUCUGUCCAUUCCCAAUAAAAGCCAAACUGAUCUCUCUGCCUGGCGAAAGGGAAGGAAAAUUGACUCUGAAAAAAGUUUGCAGAAUAAUCAAUCUGCUGAUGAUCAGAAAUGUGAGAGCCAGGAAGGGUCUCUAGAGCAAGCUUUGAGCUACUUUCAGAAAGCUCAAGACUCUGUUGCACUGAAGAAGAAGAGUGUUGUGCAGGAACACUUGGAUGCUGUGGAAAGCACUGCCCUGGAACAAGGGCUGCCCCCUGAAGGGUUUGAGAUCCUGCUGAAGGUGGUGCUCAGUGGCAGAUUUGCUGAUACAGUGAAUACUCGUUUGUUGAAGAGCCUGAUUCCUGCCUCAGUGAUACCAGAAAGUUCUGUGGUUACAGCUGUGUCUUGGCUCUGUGUUGGCAAAUGCUCAGGCAACAUCCAGAUGCUUUUUUUGAAGUGGCUGAUCACAAUGUUUGACUUCAUUGAUCACAAGGAACAGCUUAAUGCCCUCUAUGGUUUCUUCUUCUCCUUCCUGCAAGAUGAGAAGUUGUGCCCCUAUAUCUGCCACGUGCUCUACCUGCUGACCAGGAAGGAAAAUGUCAGGCCUUUUCGGAUUAGGAUCCUGCUUGACCUCCAAGCAAAAAUGGGAAUGCAGUCUCAUCUGCAAGCUCUGCUGUCACUUUACAAACUUUUCUGCCCAGAACAGGUGACCAUAACCCUUCCUGGGAAAAUGAAGACUUACUUCAAGAACUCAGACGGCCCAUGGAAAGCAGUAAUCACUGCAGUAAGGCAGAGAAACCAAGGAACCUCUCCCUUGUCCCAGGCAGUGUUUUUGGGCACAUCUCAGCCUCAGUCACGAAAGAGGAAAUGGAAUGCCCAGUUGGUUAUACCUGCAAGCAGUUCAAGCACAAAGCAUUUAGAUGAGGACAGAGAAAAGAGCUGUUUUUAUUUGUGCAGUCCAAACGAGUCUUUUCCAGUGGAGCAGCUGCAGACCUUCCCUCAGCUCCUACAGAAUAUCCACUGUCUAGAGUUUCCUUCCCAGAUGGGUUCAGUGCUAACAAACCCCUUGUUGCUUCACUACAUGAAUUGUGUGAAAGAUGAAUCUAUUUACCUGAGGCUCUACUAUUGGAUGGGCCAGAGGCUCCAGGAAGAAUGCACCUGGUGUGUGGUUGAUAACCCACAUGAAGAAGAAUUCAGGAGCUUCCUGGAAACUGCCUACAAGGCAGAAUGUUUCUUGCAGGAGGGAUUUGCUGCCUGUGAAGAGUUCCUGUAUAAGACCCUUCCCCUCUGGGAUGGCGUCAGCUGCCGCUCAGAAAUCCUCGGGCUCGUGAGCUGGAUCCCCCUCAGCAGUUUCUCUGACAUUAAGCCAUAUCUCUUUGAUCCCCUGGCACAGCUCUUUUUCACAUCAUCUAUUUACUUUAAGUGCAGUGUUCUUGAGAGCCUGAAGGAGCUGCUGCAGAACUGGUUAAAUUCCCGUGUGUUUCAAAUGGAUUUGGAGAUUUCUUCUGUGAACACCACCCUGUCUGGACUGGUGAACGUGGUGGCUGAGCUGGUUCACUUUGUGGGAUGGAUCUCUACUGUUGGACUGCGUUUGGAAAACAAUUCCACCUUCUUGCUCUACUUCAUUCUGGAUUUCUAUGGCACUGUGUGUGACAUGUACCUGAAGUACAACCUGCCUUUGCUGAUAAUGCCUCCUGCUGGGGUUUUCUACCCAGCACUGCUCAGCAUGGAUUCUGUCAACUUGAAUCAUCUCUGCUACAUUAUGUACAGGUAUCGAGCCAACUUAGUGGCUGCAAAAGAAAAUGAGCUGAGUAAAAAGAAAAUCCUGCAGUACAAGUUCAGUAACCAGACAUACCAAGAGUACAACCAGUACAUAAUAGCUAUGGUGGGCUGUCUGUGGACAUCCAGUGCAUUCCAGAAGGAUAUUCAUCCUCAAGGUCUUCGUAUGGAUGAUAAACUGCUGAGUAAAACUGCAGUGAAGGAAGUAAAAAACAGCUUUAACAUUGUCUAUCAUCCUGCCAUGAUGGGCUACUCUAUUAAAUUCCUGCAGCAGAUUUGUCCUGAAGAUACCACCUUCAACUUCAAAUUAAUUAAGGGGAAGAAGUGGGACUGGUAUCUGGAAUAUCUCUACACCCAGGGUCUGAAGGGGCUGAAGGUGUUCAUUGAGAGCAGCAUCAGUCGGGUUUCCCAGAUCCGCAGCAAAGCAGGGGAUGUGGAAGUGUGA